GUAGAAAGGCAGAAGGCAGCAAACAGCAGAGCAAAAGGACCGUGCCGGAGUUCUCAUAGAACCCGAGUCAAACGUCUCGUCGAACCGCCGAGAAAAUGGAGAAUUUUCCGAUCCAACCAAUCAUAGCUAUUCUCUUUUCAGCUGCAAUCGCUAUUAGAUCAUUCAGAAGAAAAUCUCUCGACCUUUCUGGAGCGUUCGCCGGCUUCGCUGUCUUGACUAUUCAUUUUGGAGUCGGAUACAGGUAUGGAGCUAUGUUGCUCGCGUUCUUUCUUACUUCGUCUAAGCUUACCAAGUUUGGAGAGGAAAAGAAGCGACUCGUUGAUGCUGAUUUCAAGGAGGGUGGUCAAAGGAAUUGGAAGCAAGUUCUCUUCAAUAGUGGCAUCAGUGCAGUUUUGGCUUUGAUUCUUUGGAGAUUGACUGGAUGGCAGGACAAGUGUUUGGACUCAAAAGAAUCAAGUCUUAUCACUUCUCUGAUUGGUGGAAUUAUUGGUCACUACUCCUGCUGCAAUGGAGACACUUGGUCCUCAGAGCUUGGGAUACUCAGUGAUUCACAGCCUCGAUUAAUCACAACCUUCAAGCCUGUUCGAAAGGGUACAAAUGGUGGUGUGACAAAAACAGGCCUCCUAGCAGCUACUGCAGCUGGUGGUGUCAUUGGGCUUACAUUUGUCCUCAUUGGAUUUUUCACAACAAAAUGUGCUUCUGAUGUAGCUUUGAAGCAGCUAUUGGUAAUACCACUUUCUGCAGUUGCCGGAUUAUGUGGAAGUCUAAUAGAUUCUCUAUUGGGAGCAACACUUCAAUACAGUGGAUUCUGCAGUGUUCGUAAUAAGGUUGUUGGGAAACCGGGACCAACAGUGAGGAAGAUUUCAGGUAUCAGCAUCCUUGACAACAAUGGUGUGAACCUCGUGUCUAUAUCGUUGACCUCAAUGCUGACUUCCAUUGCCUGCUUGUACAUUUUCUGAAACCAUCAGUUAUACUGAAUUAUCAACUUUUGAGAUCUCAUGUUCCAGGAUGAUUAUUCAUAACUGAUAAGAACUUGCAUGAUGCAAAAUUGUCAAAAUUUUGAUUAUGUGUUGAAUUUGGCUGAACAAUGCUUUAAAAUAAUUUUUUGCCUUUCUACUC